UCUUCGGUAAUUCGGGAAGUUUUCGAACGUAUUUUUAUUACACAUCUUUAAUAUUACUCCGUCAGUGCUGAGACCGCUGAGACGUGUAUUUACUUUAAUUUGUCGUAUACAUGACAUUUCAUCGUUCAUUGACGCUAUCAUCAUACGUAAGUAGAAAAUGCUGGCGUUGGAGCGUAUACCUGAUCAAAUUGGAUAUUUGGUAUUAACUGAGGAUGGUGCUGUAUUAACAUCUGGAGGAGAUUUAGAAAAUGAUGAAAGAGUGGCAAAUAUUAUCAGUAGUUUAGUAACACUGACGAGUAAAGUUGAUCCUAAGGCAUUUCCGUUGCAUGAUCCUUUUGAAAAGAUAUCAAUCAAAUAUAAGGAUCAUUGUUAUAUCGUGUGUCUCUCCAAUAAGAAGAUUUAUGUAGUAAAGAGAAAACUGCCAUCUCAGACUACAGCGAUCGUUGAACAGCAGUCUAUCAUCGAUGUUUAGAUACAAUAAUAAAUCUAAU